AGUUUAUUUUAAGCUUCAUAUUGCAGCUUAUUUUAGUUAUUGUCAGAGUUCAUUUGAAGCUUCAUAUUGCAGCUGAUUUUAGUUCAUUUUUUAGUUCACUUUAAGCUUCAUAUUGGAGGAAAACUGCAGAGCUAAUUUAUGCAAACAAUUUCAUUUUCAAAAAUUGCAGCCCACAAUCGUAUUCUCAGCUACUCUGGCUUGAAAAUUUCGCUAUGGCGGCUUAUGGUGCGGCGGCUUCUCUCAGGAAUACGAUUGAGCGUAUUCUACAAUCGUCUCGCAUUUCUCUCGUUUCCCACUCUCCACAAAUCUUACAACCUGCCUACGAUGAGAUGGAUCGAUUGCAGAAAGUUCUGCUAAAAUUGGAUGACACCAGCUGCAGCAAGAUCAGGACGAAGGUGAAUGCUGUGGAUGAACGAAUCAAAGAGGCAGUUUGGGAAUUUGAAGAUUUACUCGAAUCCCAUGUCUUACAUCAGAUUCUUCCACAACUCGAAAGCUCGAUAGGCCCCUUGUCAUUCUUUAUAGAUCUGCAGAGUCUGCAACACCAUGUUGAUUGCUUCGCCAUGACGGUGAAGAUGAUGAAGGUGGAGUACACUAAAGAAAUGAAGAAUAUGGCUGAAGAAGAAGGCCUGCCUAUUUCCUCAAGAAUUGAUUUUGGUGGAAUCAAGUCAAAGAUGGUUGGAUUUUCUCGCUAUUUUGAAAAGGCCAGAGAUUAUCUUCUUCAAGAAAAUAACUACGAACCCUAUUCGAUUAUUGGCAUGGCUGGCGUUGGAAAGACAACUCUUGCUAAACAUAUUUUUGAAGAUCCAUCAAUUCGGAGCCAUUUUGAGCUUCGAGCAUGGGUCAAAGUGGGCAGAAAAUGCGAAUCUGAUGAACUAUUGCGAUGCAUUCUAGCUCAAGUGGAUCCCAAUGCUUACCAAAUGCUUACCCAAGGAGAUGAUGAGGAAUUAGUUGGACUCUUGACAGACAGAUUAAAGGAUAAGAAAUGCCUCAUCGUGUUGGAUGAUGUUUGGGAGAUACAAGUAACAAAUCGCUUGACAAGUUGCUUGCAAGAAAAGAAUAUUGUUGGAACUAUUCGAUUCUUACUUACAAGUAGACAACACAUAGUAUACACGGAGGAUGCGUACGAAAGAGUACGCUUGUUGAAUGAGGAAGAAAGUAAGGAGCUACUUGGUGAGAAGGUAUUUGGUGAAGAGGGUUUCCCUUCUCAACUUGAGAAACUGGGAGAGAAGAUUGCCAAGAAAUGUGAAGGCCUUCCCCUUAUGAUAGUCACGGUUGCAGAGCUCCUAUCAAAAGCCGACAAGACCCCAGAAUACUGGACAGUGGUAGCCUACAAACAACACAACUCACUUUUCGAGGAUGCAUAUAAUCAAAUAUCAGAGGUACUUUUCCCAAGCUAUGACUACUUACCCCAACAUUUAAAAAUGUUUUUCCUAUAUAUGGGAGCUUUCCCUCCAUAUGUUGGUAUCAUUCGAAUCCUGAUCAAUAGUCUGUUGAGUGCUGAGGGGUUUCUUGAACCAACUGGAGAAGACAGUUUUGUGGCUUUUUCCAGUACAUACUUGGAAAAUCUUUGUAUGUGGUACCAUCUUGUUCUCAACACACCAGAUUCUUGGUUAUCAGCUAACAGGCAUCGCGUGCAUUCUUGCUGGCAGCACUUAUGUAAGGAAGAAGCUAGUAGGAUCAAAUUUUUGCAUGUCUUACAAAGUUGUGAUGAUGUUAUAAAAGACCAGCGUCGGUUGUGUGCCCAUUGGAACAGUUUAUUAUGCUUCAACCAAGUGUGUGAUUCAAUAAAAAGUGAUUGUGCAUCCACUGUCCGUUCUCUCCUUCUUUAUGGCCCUUAUCAUCCAUAUCCAAUCCCAAUACAUGCCAUGGGUUUCAAGUUGCUCAGGGUACUGUAUGCUAGAAAUGUCUGAUUAUAUCAUUUCCCAAUUGAAAUUUUGGAACUUGUUUGUCUACAGUACCUUCACCUAACUUGCAAUAGGGACCUCCCUCCUUCCAUAUCCAACCUUUUUUACCUUCAAGUCUUAGUUAAGGGUAGACAUAUGAACAUUAGAAAGCGUGGAGUUCAGUCAUAUAUGCCUGUGCAAAUUUGGGACAUGCGAGAACUACAACAUUUAGAGCUACCGGGUAGCGACCUAGCAACCCCUAAUUCUGAUGCUACCUUGAACAAACUCACUAGACUUGUUGCUGUGAGUGUAAAUAGCUGUACAAGAGAAGUUCUCAAAAGAAUUCCUAAUUUGACGCAUUUAGGAAUUGAUGUGGAGUUGAAGCCUUAUGAUGAUGAUGAAAGCAACCCAUUGAGUUGCUUAAGUUAUGUAUCACAACUCCAGAAUUUGGUCUCACUUAGAUACAGCAUCACGAAUCCCGAGAUAAAGUAUGAGUGUAAUACUAUUCCUCUUUCAAUGUUUCCAUCAAGUCUCAAAGAGUUAUAUUUGGGUGGGUUGGGGUAUCCUUGGAAGUACAUGAAUGACAUUGGUUCGUUGCUGCCAAAUCUCGAGCUUCUCGAAUUAGAAUGCUAUGCCUUCCGAGGCCCAGAGUGGGAAAUAAAAUCAGGGAGUUUUUUGAAACUUCUUAAACUUCAAAUUGAGGACACUGAUUUGGUGCAAUGGAAACCCCAACGUGGAAGCCUCCCGAUGCUUUGCACACUAAGCAUGAAGCAUUGCUACAAAUUACAACAACUCGAUUUACCGUAUGAUCAUUCUUGGAUCAUAGAAAUUGAAUUAGUCGAGUGUAAUCCCUCGGUUGUCGCUUGUGCCAAUCAAUUAAAAGACAAGUUUUCCUUUAAACUCAUCGUCGAUUCUUCUUUUUGAGCUUAAGUCACUCGGCAACUUGCCUUCCAGGCAAAUGGGAGAGCCAAAUGGGCCAGACGCCGUGUUAUCCCAUAAUUUUAAUUGUUGUAUUACUACAUUGCCUUAUGAAUUUAAAGAUUGUUGAAUUGACUAUUUGGAUGAGCUUAUUUUCAAUACUUUUGUCAUCUUGAUCUUA